AUGUCUGCCAAUUUCGAACGCCACCCUUUCCUGCUGACUGUCGAAGAUGUCGCCAAACACCUGAACACAGAUAUCGACAAGGGCCUGAGCUCGGCUCAGGUCGCCGAGUUGUCGCAGCAGUACCCCAAAAAUGAACUCGAUGUCGGCGGCGCCGUCGCCUGGUACACCAUCCUGGCCAGGCAGUUCUUCAAUGCCAUGAUCUUGGUGUUGUUGUUCGCUACGGCCGUCUCCUUUGGCAUUCAAGACUGGGUCGAAGGCGGUGUCCUCGCAGGCGUCAUCGUUCUCAACGUAUCUAUCGGUUUCUUCCAGGAGUUCAAGGCAGAGAAGAAGAUGGACGCCCUGCGUUCGCUCUCCUCGCCCAGUGCUACUGUUGUCCGCGACGGCAAGGCCCAGGUCAUCCCCAACCCCGAAGUCGUCCCCGGUGACAUCGUUAUCCUGAAAAUGGGCGAUACCGUCCCGGCCGACCUGCGCAUGUUUGAGGUCAUGAACUUGACGUGCGACGAGCAGAACAUGACGGGCGAGUCCCUCCCCGUCGAGAAGAUCACCGAGAACAACAUCAUCGAUCACACCACCGGCCAGCUGGCCGAGAGUGCCGAGCACGUCAGCCUGGGUGACCGCAUCAACUGUGCCUACGCCUCGACCAUUGUCCGGAAGGGCCGCGGUCGCGGCAUCGUCUACGCCACCGCCAUGGCCACCGCCGUCGGCGAGAUCGCCGCUUCCACCACCAAGAAGAAGCGCAAGCCCGGCCGUUCCAUGAACGCCAAGAAGUACGGCUACAAGCAGAUCUUCAUCGGCGCCUUCAAGCGCACCUUUGACGCCGUCGGCAAGUUCCUUGGCCUGACCGAGGGCACGCCCUUGCAGCGCAAGCUGGCGCAGCUCGCCUACUACCUCUUCGGCUGCGCCCUGAUCCUCGCCGUCAUCGUCUUUGGCGUCCAUCGCUUCGACAUCCCCAACGAGGUCAUCGUCUACGCCAUCUCCACGGGUAUCGCCAUCAUCCCCGAGUCUCUUGUUGCUGUCUUGACCAUCACCAUGGUCCAGGCGACUCGAGUCAUGCGCAAGGCCAAUGUCGUCGUUCGUGAUCUCUCUGCUCUCGAGGCUCUUGGCGGUGUCACCAACAUCUGCUCCGACAAGACCGGCACCCUCACCCAGGGCGCCAUGAUCGUCAAGAAGGCCUGGCUCCCCAGCUCCAAGAUCCUGACCGUGCAUGACUCGAUGGACCCCGCCAACCCAACCGUCGGACGGGUGACCUGUGCCGACAAGGUCGAGAAGGUGGAGGAGGCCCCCGAGGAGCCGGCCGCCGUGCGCGACUACGACCAGGAGCGCACGGUCAACGCGCUCAAGUUCGACGUGCCCGAGGAGAAGCUCAAGCAGAACGAGAAGAAGCCCGAGGAGCCCGCGGCCGAGCUCACCCCGGAGCUCCAGACCCUGCUCGUCUCCUCCGCGCUGUGCAACCUCGCCACCGUGCGCAAGGACAAGGAGAGCGACGCCUGGCAGACCACCGGCGAGCCCACCGAGAUCGCGCUGCAGGUCUUUGCCCGCCGCUUCGAGAUCGGCAAGAAGAUCCUCGAGGGCCAGGGCUGGAGGCAGCUCGCCGAGUUCCCCUUUGACAGCUCCAUCAAGCGCAUGAGCGUCAUCUACGACGCGCCCGAGGACCUGGACGAGAAGAGCGAGUUCCCGCCCGAGAACAGCCUGGUCUUCACCAAGGGCGCCGUCGAGCGCAUCCUCGACCUGUGCACGCAGGUCGGCACCGGCGCCGCCCAGCGGGCCAUGACCGACGCGCUCAAGGACGAGAUCCUCGACCAGAUGAACGCGUUCGCCUCGCUCGGCCAGCGCGUGCUCGCCAUCGCCUACAAGCCGUGGGAGGGCAAGUACCGCAAGGCCGACGCGCACAAGCCCGAGCACACGGGCGACGAGGACGUGGACCACCAGCGCGCGCUGGACGAGCAGCAGCGCCGCAACGCCGCCGAGGAGGAGCUGCGGCGCGAGGUCGAGAGCGGCCUCGUGCUCGUGGGCCUGCUCGGCAUCUACGACCCGCCGCGCAAGGAGACGACGCCGUCGAUCGCCGAGUGCUCCAACGCCGGCAUCCGCGUGCACAUGCUCACGGGCGACCACCCGGCCACCGCCGAGGCCAUCGCCAAGGAGGUCGGCAUCAUCCCGCGCAAGCUGUCGUCGCUGCCCGCCGACGUCGCCAACACGGUCGUCCUCAAGGCCACCGACUUUGACAAGCUGUCCGAGGCCGAGAUCGACGCCCUGCCCGAGCUGCCGCUCGUCAUCGCCCGCUGCGCCCCGGACACCAAGACGCGCAUGAUCGAGGCCCUGCGCCGCCGCAGCGCCUACAUGGCCAUGACGGGCGACGGCGUCAACGACGCGCCCAGCCUCAGCAGGGCCGACGUCGGCAUCGCCAUGGGCUCCGGGUCCGACGUCGCCAAGUCGGCGGCCAAGAUCGUGCUCACCGACGACAAGUUCAACUCGAUCGUGGCCGCCAUCCGCCAGGGCCGGCGCAUGUUUGACAACAUCCAAAAGUUCAUCCUGCACCUGCUGACCUCCAACGUCGGCGAGGUCAUCCUGCUGAUCUGCGGCCUCGGCUUCAAGGACCAGGACGGCCUGUCCGUCUUCCCCAUCAGCCCGCUGCAGAUCAUCUGGAUCAACAUGCUGACCAGCUCGUUCCCGGCCUUUGGCCUCGGCCGCGAGAAGGCGAGCCCCGAGGUCAUGAAGAAGCCGCCGCACAAGCGGGGCGUCUUCACGAUGCAGAUCAUGGCCGACAUGCUCAUCUACGGCACCAUCAUGGGCGCCUGCACGCUCGUGACCUUCAUCAUCGUCGUCUACGGCCGCUACGGCGGCCAGCUGGGCCAGGAGUGCAACCGCGAGUGGUCGCCCGCCUGCGAGCCCGUCUUCCGCGCCCGCGCCGCCGUCUUCGCCGAGCUGACCUGGCUCAUCCUCAUCUCGGCCUGGGAGUUCAAGAGCCUGCGCCGGUCCAUGUUCCGGCUCGACCCGGACUCCCAGAGCCGCUUCCCCUUCUUCCGGGACAUGUACGAGAACCGGUUCCUCUUCUUCUCCGUCGUCAUCGGCGGCGCCUCCGUCUUCCUGUCCAUCUACAUCCCCAAGCUCAACAAGGUCGUCUUCCGCCACUCGCCCAUCUCGUGGGAGUGGGGGCUCGUCUUUGGCGGGCUCGUCAUCUUCAUCCUCGGCGUCGAGGCGUGGAAGUGGGCCAAGCGCUCCUUCGGCCUCUUCCUCGACAGCGCCGUCGUGCGCGGGCCCUUUGCCCAGGGCAGCGAGGACGGGCCGGGCCGCCUCGGCAAGACCUUCUCCAUGGCCAGCCUCAAGAGCUGGGGCAGCUUCGGCCGGACGCGCAGCAAGGCCAAGACCGAGAAGUCGAUCGACAACCGGUCCGAGGCCGAGAAUGCGGUGUAA